AAAAGUUAGAUAGAAAGAAAAAAAUGGAGGAAGAAUUUUAUAACUCCAAAAUUAAUCCAAUAGCUCUUCUAUUAGCUUCAUUAGCUUAUUGUUAUUAUUUAGCUACUUAUAUACCAAAAGGGUUUUCAAGAGUCACAUUUAUUUUUCCUGUAUUCUACAUUUUCUAUAUAUUUCCUUGGAAUUUUCAUUCUAGUUUACUUAGAGGAAUUUUCUCAUUUUUCAUCACUUGGAUCACUUCCUUCAAACUCUUACUCUUUUCUUUCGAUCAAGGUUCGCUUUUCGCCUGCGAAAAUUACUUAGAUUUUGUUCUCGUUUCUGUUUUUCCGAUCAAAAUCAAAGAAGAUAACCCUUCUAAAACCCUAAAAUAUGAGCUUGUACAACUAUUUAACAAACCUUAUUUCGCUACAUCUUUGCAAGAUUUUUGGGGUAGAAGAUGGAACCGUUUGUCUUCAAAUAUUUUAAGGCAAACAAUUUAUAAUCCAACUCAAGAUUUCUUAAAGGGUAUUCUUGGAAUUAAAGCAGCAAAAAUUUUGAGCUUAAUUAUUACACUUGUUGUUUCUGGUAUAAUGCAUGAGCUUAUGUUCUAUUACAUUACUUGUGGCAAAAAACCUACUUGGGAAGUAACCAAAUUCUUUGUUUUGCAAGGAAUUUGUAUUGUUUGUGAGGUUUGUUUGAAGUAUUGGUUUAGGGUUAGGGUUAAGAGUUGGAAACGGUUUGAUUCAAAAGGUGCAAAUAUUUUGACAAUGGGUUUUAUUUUGAUUACUUGUUAUUGGGGGCUUGUUUUGCCUGUUUGGAGGAGUGGACAAAAUAAAUGUACAUAAUUUGUAGUAUAAUUUGAGAUAUAUAUGAAGACAUAUAUUGUUCAUGUAUUGAUAUAUUUAUGAUGUUCUAGAAAAUAGUUUUGUGAAUAUUAUGUUUUUUUAACAAUA